AUGUCUGAUAGCAAAUUUGCUGAACACCCCAUCCAACAGCUUUGGACCCUAGAAUCAGUCGGAACUCUUGAUCAAGAUGUGUCACCUGAGGAUAAAAUUGUACUUGAAGAAUUCAGGAAUUCCAUCAAUAUGGUUGAAGGACGAUAUGAGAUAUCUCUCCCCUGGAAAGUCGAUAAGAAACAACUCCCUACCAACUUAGCACUCUCGAGGAAAAAACUGAACAGUACUAUUCACAAACUGAAACAAACUAAUAAAUAUCUGGAAAUUUAUGACCAGAUCAUCAAAGAACAACUGUCUCUGGGCUUCACUGAAACACUCAAGUUGGCCAAUGUACAUUAUUUACCCCAUUUACCUGUGAUUAUGGAUUCAACUACAACGCCCAUUCGUAGUGUGUUUGAUGCAAGUGCCCGGAUGGACAAGCAGGCCCCUAGUCUGAAUGAUUACUCUGGCCCAUGCUUGACUAGUCCAUUUGCGGUAUCAGCAGAAAUCACCAAAGCCUUCUUACGGGUAGGUCUCCAACCUAGAGAUCAUGAUUAUACAUGUUUUAUCUGGCUGUAA